AUGUCUCAGGCGAUACUCGGCGAUGGUGACAUGGAGAAACAAGAUGGAUCAGAGAGUCAUUCCCGUGCACAUGGCCGAGCUCGUCCAUUCGAUCAAGACGACAAGGAACGUGCCGAUGGCGUGGAUGGUGUCCUUGGACGCUUUGCCGGGGCUGGUACCGCGGCUACUGCUGCUGAUACCGUGGCCGAUGGUGGUGCCGACGGGACCUUCCAUCCGUCUGAGCGAAAGGAGUUGAAGGAGUGGGAGUGCUAUGAUGCAUUGGGCUACUCCUUUCCCACUUGGAAGAAAUGGGCCGUCAUCUCGGUGAUCUUCUGCGUUCAGGUUUCGAUGAACUGGAACGCCAGUUUCUAUGCCAGCAGUAUCGCGCUGUAUGCGAAACACUUUAACGUUUCGGAGCAGGCGGCACGAACUGGACAGAUGAGCUUCCUGAUUGCGUAUGCCUUUGGAUGUGAAUUCUGGGCCCCAUUCAGCGAGGAGUUUGGUCGAUGGCCGAUCAUGCAACUUAGCCUGUUCCUGGUCAACAUCUGGCAGGUCCCGUGUGCCUUGGCCCCAAAUUUCGGGACGAUCGUCGUCUGUCGUACACUGGGAGGACUUUCCUCGGCCGGAGGCUCCGUCACACUGGGGAUGGUGGCUGAUAUGUGGGAGCCCGAGAUUCAACAGUGGGCAGUCGCCUAUGUGGUCUUGUCUUCGGUUGCCGGAUCCGUCAUCGCGCCGAUUGUGGGCGGAUUCGUGGCCACGUACCUGUCGUGGCGCUGGAACUUUUGGAUCCAGCUGAUUCUCGGAGGCUUUGUCCAGUUACUUCACAUUCCGGUGCCUGAGACUCGAUGCAGUAUCUUGAUCACCCGGGAAGCACGACGCCGUCGAAAACUCGGCGACAUGGUCUGGAGCGGCGACGAGCUGAAGAAGAAGCGACUGUCGUUCCGGUACUUGUUCAUGGUGUGGAUUCGUCCAUUCCUCAUGUUCGUCCGUGAGCCGAUUGUCUUGUGUCUCUCUCUGCUCAGUGGAUUCAGUGAUGCCCUGAUCUUCACUUUCUUGCAGUCCUAUACCCCGGUUUAUAAACAGUGGGGGUUCGGCACGAUCCAGGUCGGAUUGGCUUUCAUCCCGAUCCUGGUUGGGUACGGUCUCGCGUAUGUUUCUUUCCUGCCAUGGAUCCACCAUCAUUGCAGGGUUCAAGAGCGAGAUCCCGAUGGUCUCGUCCCGGAAGCUCGACUCCAUUGGCUCCUUUGGGUGGCUCCGUUGCUCUCCAUCGGCCUGUUUGGAUUCGCCUGGACCAGUUUGGGUCCUCCCAAUGUUCACUGGAUUGCUCCCAUGAUCUUCUCAUGCUUGAUCGCCAUAGCCAAUUUCUCGAUCUAUAUGGCUACGAUCGAUUAUAUGAUUGCUGCGUACGGUCCCUACUCGGCCUCGGCCACCGGUGGCAAUGGAUUUGCCCGAGACUUUCUCGCCGGAGUCGCGGCAAUGUACUCUGUCCCGAUGUACGAGAAUAUGGGAACCACCCUGCGACUGGAAUGGCCAUCGCUGUUCCUUGCGUGUAUGGCGAUCAUCUUUACCAUCCCCAUCUACGUGUUCUAUUGGUUCGGUCCCAAGAUUCGAGAAAUGUCGCCGUUUGCCCAGACGCUGGCGGCGGACCGAAAGAGAGCUGGACGACGCGUUUCGCAGUGUGGUUCGCGGCGAUCCCGAUCCUGUGCAACGAUACUUGUCUGGCUCUUCUGCCUCGGCUUCGGGCUGCUAGAUGAUCGCAGGCUCGAGGAUGUGUGUGUGUGGGCGUGUGGUGUGGUCGAUAGAAGCCAAAUAGAGUACAAGGGGAUGUGUGUCACUGUGGAACAAAGAUUGUGUCCAACAAUACCUGGUGUGAGAAGGGUUCGGAAAAGGCAACAGGAGCUUGUUGAAUCUGAAUACUGUAUCGGACCGAGCUUGUCGUGUGAUUCUUGA